CCCAAAAUUGACCGUUAUCUUAAACGGUCAAACGCGUUGACUAACAAUCAACGCGCCCACGUCAUUGUCCAAUCACCCAAUAUUUGAUUACAUGGAUUCCACAUUGUAUGAAAAAAAUAAUUAAAUAAAAUUUUAAAAGCAAAAUUUCCAAAAUUUACUCUCUCUCAUCGUGAUCAUCCCUGUCCUCCCCUCUUCAUCUGCAUUGUGUUCUCUUUCUUCCUCAUUGAACUAAAUCCCAAAAUACCAAAUCCCAAACCCACCAUAUUUGAUGGCCCAGUACUAGCCUUUACUCGCCUCCGAUCGUUCCCCCACCGGUAACGGUGAUUAAUUGGUCUAUUUUAACUUUUAAUCUCCCUCGUCUUCUCCCCCUUCUCACUGGAUCUUUGGAUCUUCCGCUCAAUAUAGCUCAACCCAGAAAGAUCGGGCACCGCACCUAUUAACUGGUUGGCCCUCUGUAGCUCCAGAACCCACAGGAACACUAUUUGAAGGGGAUCUCCAAUCUUGUUUUCAAUCCAAGGUGCCUACCACAUAAGGAGCUAAUAUAAAAGAAGCAGAGCCAUUAGUAAAGACAAAGCAGGGAAGCCUCAAAACAAAGGCAGACAGAACAUGUUAUGUUAACACCCCAGAAGAGAGGACUAGAGCUUAAUACUAACGAUGCAGAUGAUUCCCCCCAGUAAGAAACAAAAGGCAGCUGAUACCAGGAAAAAUAUGGAUGGCGAAGAGGUAGUGCCAAGCAGCAUGGGCUGCCUAACUAUAAUUGUUGGGGGUUGGGGAAUCCCCUGGCAAUUAGGAAAGUGGGGCAACUGCUCCAGUGACAAAACCCCAAGAUUAUUUUUCUAAUGGAAACAAAAAAAGAAAGAAAAUGAAUGGGGGGAAGUAAUCAAGGAUCUCGGCUGGGAGAAAGGAAAAGGAGUAGGAUCGACGGGAAGGGCUGGAGGUUUAUUGAUGGUCUGGUAGUCUGAGAUGGAGGUGGUAGUCAAAUCCAAGUCAGCAAAUCACAUUGAUGUUUGCGUGAAUGACGGAGGCAUUCAAUGGAGGUUGAUAGGUAUUUAUGGUAGGCUGGAGCAAGAUAACAAACAUAGAACCUGUACAUUGCUCAGACAACUUAGGGAUAUGAAUGAUCUAUCAUGGCUUGUUUGUGGUGAUUCUAACCUCAUUUAGAGUUACGAAGAGAAAAAUGAUUUGAACCUGGCAAAUGUACAUGAAAUGGACAUGUUUAAUGAUGCGGUGGAAGACUGUGAUCUGGAGGAUCUUGGGUACUAUGGCGAGACUUUUAUGUGGGGUAACAAUCAUUCAGAUGAAACCUAUCUAGAAGAACGUUUGGACAUAAUGGUAGCAACUAGCUCUUGGCAAUCCAUCUAUCCGCACGUCAGAGUCCACCAGCUAAGACGGUGCGGAUCAUAUCACUCACCCAUUUUCCUCCAAACGCAACUGGUAGCUGAUGAUAUAAGGUAGGGGUGGAAUUUUUUCUUUGAGCCAUUCUGGCAGAAGCAUGAUGAAUGUAAAGAGUUCAGUGCGGAAGGAUGGAACAAGAGAAGUGGGCUCUCUAUCAUUGACAAGAUUACCAAUCGCGAAACCAAAUUACUUAAGUGGAGUAAGACGACCAUUGGUGAUCUCAGGAAUAGAAAGAAAAAAGUAGAAAAAGCCUUGGAUUUGUUGGAUAAAAGGAAAACGAAUGUUGUUGUCAUUCUACGGACGAAGUCGAUUGUGAGAGAAUUGACUGAGAUCCUAAUGAAGGAAGAGAUUAUAUGGAAACAACGUUCUAAAGUAGAUUGAUUACAAGGGGGAGACAAAAAUACUAAAUACUUUCAUAGGAAGGCCUCAGACAGACGUAAUAGAAACACAAUAAGAAGGCUGCUUGAUGAAGCUGGAGGAAUAAGGGAGGGGCAAGAUGAUAGGAAUCAGGUUAAACGAGGAGCACCCCACAUCACCCACCUGUUAUUUGCGGAUGAUAGUGUAAUGUUCGCCAAAGCCACUAAAUUAGAAUGUGAGCAACUUAGAGCCAUUCUCAAUACUUAUGAGCAGGAAUCAGGUCAGAAGGUAAAUCUAGACAAGUCAGAAAUUUCCUAUAGUCCUAACGUGGGGGAAAAAAGAGAUAGGAGCUGGCAACCAUUCCUGGUAUGAAAGUGGUGCCCUCACAUACAAAAUAUCUCGAGCUACCUACUGUCAUUGGUUGAAGGAAGAAGGAAGUUUUCAGUUACUUGGUUGACAGGGUUCGAAGAAAGGUGAAACUAUGGAAAGAAAAGUUGCAUUCUUUUGGGGGAAAAGAGGAGUUGAUUAAAUCAGUAGCACAGGCACAAAUGACCUAUGCAAUGCAGGUUUUUCUGGUUCCUAUUUCAGUGACUCAAGAAAUUCAGAGAAUUGUGUCUAAUUUCUGGUGGGGGCAAAAAGACUUAGAACCCAGAACUCACUGGGUUAGCUGGCAAGACCUAUGUCGAACAAAGAAGAAAAGGUGUUUUGGUUUUCAGAACUUGCACGUAUUUAACUUGGCUCUCUUAGAGAAGCAAAUUUGGAAUAUUAUACAGAAUUCAAAUUCCGUAGUAUCUAGGAUUAUGAAGGAAAAGUAUUACCCCUCAAGAGACAUACUAGAGGCGGAAGAGGGUUAUAACCCUAGCUAUAUUUGGCGAAGCAUCUUAGCUACAAAAGGGUUGGUUAAGGAAGGAUUGAGAUGGCGAAUUAGGAAUGGAAAUAAGGUGGAUAUCUGGCAAGAUAAGUGGAUUCCCACAACUCAUAAUUUUAAGGUAAUAUCCCUUGUGUCCCCCUUUGCGUCGACUACAUUAGUUAACGAUCUGCUAGAUGUAGAUUCUAGAACCUAGAAUCAGGCACCACUCCAAGCUCAUUUUCUUCCACAAGACAGACAAAGGAUUUUAAAAAUCCCCAUACCUAGACAACCAACGAAUUUGGAGCUAUGAACAAUCCGGAAUAUACUCAGUUAAAUCAGCCUACAGACUAUUAAGGGACAGACUCGAGGCAGAGAUUGGGGAACUUUAUACCUCAAUUAACUGGGAACAGAUUUGGAAGCUUCAAAUCCCACCUAGAGUCAAGGUAUUUGCGUGGAGAUGGAUAGUUUUUUUUGCCAAUUGGGGAAAAUGUGCUGGCAAGAACAACUAAAGGGUGUGAUGAAUGCCCAUUUUGUGGCCAAGCAGAGACUCAAAACACCAUCUUUUUUACGACUACAUAUGGGGUAGGAGGGUCGUCCUAGUUCUCUAAACCUAAGUUUUGGGAAAGGAAAUGAUCUAACGUGUGAAGAAUGGAUGACUGGCCUUCAGGAGACGGAAUCCGCGGAGCAUAUUGGACAAUUUCUUGUCGGCCUCUGGUUUAUCUGGGAAGAACGCAACAAUCAGAUGUGGAACAAGAAGAAGUCGAAGAAUUCAAAAUUUUGGGGAAAACAGAACAAUGGCUUCUGGAGUACCUUGACUAUCAACAUGCAACGGUUGAGCACGAACCCAGACAAACACCUCGCUGGAAACCGUCGGAAGUCACAACUACAAGAUCAACGUGGAUGCAACAACUUUUGCAGAUUUCGGGACGGGUUUGGGGGUGGUGGUUCAAGAUCGGAAUGGAUCUUUCUGUUUUGCGGUUGUGAGAAGGUCGAGGAUUCAAUGGACUCCAUAAUUGGCAGAGAUUCAAGCUAUAAAAUUUGGAUGGGAAGUGGCAUUAGAGGAAGGGUUUGUCUCGGGAGAGAUCGAAUCCGAUUGCCUGAGAGCAGACCAGCAGAUAGCAACGGAAGAAAUGUUGUUAACGGAGGAAGGAGGUGAAUGCGAGGAGGUGAAGGACAGAUUGGAGGAACUAGGCGGAUCAGUGACCAUCACGUUUUUGGGCCAAGAAUCCAAUCGGGUGGCCCCACAUCAUGGCACAUACUCAGCGUAGAUGGGAUGAAACUAAAAUUUGGGCUUCCAGGCCAUCCAUUUUCCUUGUGGACCAGCUGAUUUCUGAUUCCUAUAAUAUUUCCCACUAAUGAAAUAAUACGGGAUUUUUCUAUAAAAAAAUAUACAUGCUUCCAUCAUUUAAGAUUAUCUGCCUAACAGUAGCGGAGUCAGAAAUUCGAAUGAGGGGGGCUAAAUAUUUAAGCACAGAGAAUUCGAACCGGCGAGGGGCCUAAUACCUUAUCACUACUAUAUUUUGCCAAUUUAUUAUAAAAUUUACAUGUAAUUUUACAUGAUUUUGAGAGUUGAGGAGGCUAUAGGCUCCCCUGCCACUAUGGUAGCUCCGCCACUACUGUCUAACAUCGAAAGUAACUUUAUCUCGUAGUACUUGUUGUUCAUAUUGCAAAAACUUUGUACCGCGAACAAAGCCAAUAUAGUACACAAAUAUCAUGAAAAUUUCAUACAAGCCAAACUUAUCAAUCAUGUUCUAGUAAAGAACGUAUGAUAUUGGGCGUGGAUUCUCUUUGCUGCUGAAACAUAUUAUUAUUCAUCAAACCUUUGUAAUUUCCCCAUGAUAUAUAGUUUGUUAUAAGAAGCAAAAUUCCACAAAGUGUACACUAAUGUCAACCUCCCUCACCUUCGAUCCCCUAAUGGCAGCAAAUGCAACAGUCAACACAACAAGUACAUCUGUAUAUACGCCAAUAAUAAGAAUAUAGUCUACACCCAACUUUCACAUCAGUCCAUUUUUAGAGCAACGAAAAACUGGGCCAAUGAACAAGAAAAAAUGGUGCCAGAUGGAAGCUGCAGGUGGUACAAGGAGCUGCCAUGGGUUGCAUGCAGCGACUUAAUUAAUUAUCAUCCAUAUUUAAAUUAUCAGAGUUUUGCCCACAUGUACUCUGACCUGUCCACAGAGAUAAAAACAUAUCAUUUAGGGAUGACAACGGGUCGGGGUGGAUACCAAUGUAGUUCGAGUUUUACCCAUACUUAUACGAGUACCGGGUAGAAAAUCAAAGGGUUUUGAGUAUCCACGGUUAUCCAUGGGUAAUAAUUUCUUCUUAUAAUUCCAACCAAUAUGUUAAUAUUCACACGUAUUCUCACAUUACGUAAGAGGAAAAGUACAACAAUAAUUCACUAGAUUGAAGAAGAGUAAUUAAAACAACAUAAUUUCAUCAAAAUAUUAUAUUUAUAUGCUAAAUAUAAAAUAUUCUAGAGAAAAAUAAUGAUUCUAGGUCGGAUUUGGUGGAUAUCCAUGGUUAUGGAUAUUUUCGUCACGAAAAAUGCUUCUGGUUCGGGUUUUACCCUACCUGAUUAGGUCAGAUUCGGUGGAUAUCCACGAUUACGGAUAUUUUUGUCAUCAUAAUAUUAUUGGGUCUGGGUCGAAUAUUUUUACUCUGUGGGGUUAAUAUCUAUAUUGGCAUUAUAAGCAAGCAGCUAUAAAAGUCGAUGAACAGGGAGUUAAAGGUGUGUAAUUAAUUGGGCAAAAGGUAUAAUAAAGAAGGAAAGCAGAUGGUCUGCAUUUCUCAAAACACGAAGACACAAAGGAAGGUGGCUACUUUUUGUUGUCUGUCUCUCAUCAUGGAGGUAGUUAAAAGGUCAAUUUUACAAUUAUAUGUGUGUUGAGGGAACCCCCAAAAUAAUUUUUCAUAUAGAGCACGAGAUAAUCAUAAAAGUGACAAUGUUUG